AUGGGAUUGCUCGACAUUACCCCCCCUGGCGUCGUCUCUGGCAAGGACGUGUACAAGGUGUUCGACUAUGCUCGCGAGCACAAGUUUGCCAUCCCCGCUUUCAACGUGACGACUUCGUCGGUUGCCAACUCGGCUCUUGAGGCUGCCCGCGACGCCAAGUCGCCCGUCAUCCUCCAGUUGUCGCAGGGUGGUGCUCUGUUCUUCGCUGGCAAGGGUCUUGCCAACGACAAGCAGCAGGGCUCGGUUGCCGGUGCCGUGGCCGCCGCCCACUACAUCCGUGCUGUGGCGAAGGACUACGGUGUCCCGGUCAUCCUGCACUCGGACCACUGCGCCAAGAAGCUUCUCCCCUGGUUCGACGGCAUGCUCGCCGCCGACGAGGAGUACUUCCAGAAGACGGGCGAGCCCCUCUUCAGCUCGCACAUGCUCGACCUGUCGGAGGAGCCCAAGGAGGAGAACAUCCAGACCUGCCUGCACUACCUUGAGCGCAUGGCCAAGAUCGGUGUCUGGCUCGAGAUGGAGAUCGGUAUCACUGGUGGUGAGGAGGACGGUGUGAACAACGAGCACGUCCACAACUCGGCCCUCUACACCCAGCCCGAGGACAUCUGGGACAUCUACAAGGCCUUCAGCGCCAUCACGCCCAACUUCAGCAUUGCUGCUGGCUUUGGUAACGUGCACGGUGUGUACAAGCCCGGCAACGUCUCGCUCCGUCCCGAGCUCCUGCGCAUGCACCAGGAUUACGUCCGUGAGCAGACCAAGACCGACAAGGAGAACCCCGUGUUCCUGGUCUUCCACGGUGGCUCGGGCUCGGAGAAGCAGGAGAUCGCCACUGCCGUCGUCAACGGUGUGGUGAAGAUGAACGUCGACACCGACACCCAGUGGGCCUACCUCGAGGGUAUCCGUGACUUCAUCCUCAACAAGAAGGACUACCUCCUUACCCAGGUCGGCAACCCCGAGGGCAAGGACAAGCCCAACAAGAAGUUCUACGACCCCCGUGUCUGGCUCCGUGAGGGUGAGAAGACCAUGGUCAAGCGCUGCAUCGUGGCGUUCGACGACCUCAAGUCGGCUAACCAGCUCUAA